GAGAGAGAGAGACUUCUGCUGGAAAGGUUGUAAAAAGAGAAGGAUGCGAUUAUCACUACAAUUGUAGCCCAUCAGUGUUUGACCAGCAGCAGUAAAACAAAGGUAAAAUGCAGAUAUAGUCGUAAAACAGAAAUGGUUAACCUGAAGGUUAAAUUACAAUAUGCUUGAAAAUCACUUCACUUUAAUCUAACCAAUCAUACAAUUGGUUGUUAAAUACAAUUUGAUACUUACGCUUGGCAAACAAAAAACACAAAAAGCUGUUUUUCUCAGCAUUUUUGCAGAUAUUGCACUUUGGCUUUGUGUGGCUUCUGAUAAGGCUUCAGGCAGUAAAACACAAGACAGAAACAUUGAGCAAUUUGCUUAACUGAUCCAUAAUCAAAGGACUAGCUUUUUUAACUGGAACAUGAAGUUGUUACAACUUGAGAAAUCAGCCACUGGGAUCAGUACUGGGAUUUACUUGCUUUUUGAACCAGCUCGAGGAACUGCGAUUUUGGCACUUCAGCUUUACUGACUUUCUGAGCACUUGAAGUUGCUUCUUGGUUAACAUUAGUGUGGCAGAGUUACGGAAAAAAAAAAAAGUCCAGGAAGUGUUUCAGCUCAAGUUACUCUUCUCUCUGGUGGUGACUCUCAUGUUUUUGGGGAUCCUGCUGAUCUGGUAUUUAGUCGACAACGAUGUGGACCAGCACUUACCAGCCCCUCAGCAGAAAAGAGCCCCCAAGACCUUUAACCUCUGCAAAGGCUGCAAGAAUAUGAUCAAUAAAAUAAUGCAGAAUUUCUCUCAAGCCUGGAAGAAGCAGGAGGACAAUCAUAAAAAAUUCAGAUCUCAGCUGAGCAGCAACUGCAGUGGUUUUGACAAAGCCAUCAUUACCCAGGCCAACACUCCAGUGGGAUCCAAGUUUGGUUAUGAUGGGGGAAAGAGCAGCUACCUGGUGUCUCUGGAGGUUUUCAGCACCUUUACAAAGGAGCAUCCUUUCUUAAAUAAAACAUGGGACACGUGUUCUGUUGUUGGGAACGGAGGGAUCCUGACUGACAGCAGCUGUGGAGAGAGAAUUGAUUCAGCUCAGUUUGUCAUGAGAUGCAACCUUCCUCCUUUGGGAAAUAGUUAUGCGAAGCAUGUCGGUGUCAAAACGGACCUUGUGACAGCAAACCCAAGCAUCUUCAUGGAGAAGUAUGGGUCUCUGAUGGGGCGUCGUCGUCCGUUUGUGGAAAGUCUGCAUAUUUACAGCAACUCUCUGCUACUCAUUCCCACCUUCGCCUUUCGCCAAUACAUUCCUGUAUGUAUGCGGGCCAUCUACAGUAUUGAGGACUUUGGAAGCCCCAUGAGGCCUGUCUUCUUUAACCCUGAGUACAUGCAAAAACUGACUGCCUUCUGGUACGCAAAAGGCUUGCGAUCAGGGAAGCUGAGCACCGGGAUAAUUAUGGCUAGCAUAGCUUUGGAGGUCUGCGAAAAUGUGCAUCUGUAUGGGUUCUGGCCUUUCGAUAAUCACCCCUAUGGACUCUACGACCUGACGAACCACUACUAUGAUGACAGAAAAGCUAAAAGUGUCCACGCCAUUCCCACUGAGUUUGGGCUCUUGAUGGGGUUGCACAGACAGGGGGUGCUCAAGCUUCAUCUGGGAGAUUGUCAACAUUGAUGACUAUGAGUCAUAAUUGUAUGUAAGAGUUAUUAUUUGGGUCUGUGUUUUUUUUUUUUGAUGUUUCUUUUUAGCGUCUGUCUUUGAGCUGGCAGCUCUCACACUUAUGUUUUUCUUCGCUCUUUAUUAGUGUGAGAGCUGGCAGCUCUUUGCUCUUUAUUUCUUUUAUUAUUAUGAUUCUGCCUUUUUUUGGCUUGUAUCUCCUCCUAUACUAAUUGUGCUAUCAAUCAAUCAAUCAAUCAAACUUUAUUUCUAUAGCACUUUUCAUACAACAAAUGUAUCCCAAAGUGCUUUACAUCAACAUAAAUCAAACAGCAACAACAUGACUCCCUCCCCCACCCCUAUCCCACAAUUCAAAAACUAAGGUAAAAAUAACUAGAUAAGAACAGGUACUGAGGAAAUACUAUUUUUAUAAAUAUUUUUAUUUAUUCUAAAUGAGGAAACACAGGAGGUUCAAAAUGUAAUAAAACUAGAUGAAAUGAGAUUCAGUUAAAAGCUCUACUAAAUAGGUAGGUCCUGAGUUUGCGUUUAAAAAUGUUUACAUUGUGUUCUGCCCUCAGGUCUCCUGGUAAACUGUUCCACAGACGGGGGCCAUUGUAAUAAAAAGAUGCCUCACCGUAGGUUUUAGUUUGGACAUUUGGAACAAUUAAAAGACCACUACCAGAAGACCUGAGGGCUCUGGUGGGCUCAUAAGUUAAAAGCAAAUCGGAUAAAUAGGGGGGCGCAAGGUCAUUAAGAGCUUUAAAAAACAAUAAGAUAAUCUUAAAAUCAAUUCUAAAACAAAGGGGUAGCCAAUGCAGAGACUUUAAAAUCGGUGUAAUGUGUACUCUCUUUCUGGUCUUCGUCAGCAGUCUUGCAGCUGAAUUUUGGAGAAGCUGCAACUGAGAAAUAUGCUUUUUCGGAAGACCAGAAAGAAGAGCAUUACAGUAAUCAAUUCUACAGGAGAUAACAGCAUGAGUAAGUGUCUCUGCAUUGGCUUGAGAGAGAAACUGUCGGACUCUGGCAAUGUUAUUGAGGUGACAAAAUGCCUUUUUUGUAACAUCCCUGAUAUGAGGUAGGAAGCUGAGGUUUUUGUCAAAUAUGACACCUAGAUUUUUGACCUGCUCACAGGGAUUAAAAGACUUGGAGUUUGUCAUUCAGUUUGUCUCUCUGGACUCCUGUACCAAUAACUAAAACCUGAGUUUUGUCCUGGUUGAGCUGUAAAAAGUUGUCUGCCAUCCAUAACAUUUAAAAAGGGCAUCAAUUGGCCCUUUGUCAUCAGGAGACACGGCAAUGUAGAGCUGUGUGUCAUCAGCAUAACUAUGAAUGCCGUGCCUCCUGAUGACAUAUAAAGGUUAAAAAGUGUAGGACCUAAAAUUGAACCCUGGGGAACACCACAUUUCAUGUUAUAAACUCCAGAUGAGAAUUCACCCAUACUUGCGUAAACAUUUAUUUCAGUGAGAUAUGAUUCAAACCGGGUUAAAAACAAUACCAGAGAUGCCAACGAUGUUACGGAGUCUGUUUAAAAGAAUUGUGUGGUCUACCGUAUCAAAGGCUGCACUCAGGUCAAGUAGAACUAAAACAGAGGGCAUUUUUUUAUCCAUUUAGACCUGAGGUCAUUUACAAUUUUAACUAGCGCCGUCUCUGUGCUGUGAUUCUUUCUAAACCCAGAUUGAAACAUUUCACACGUGCUUCUGGAGUUCAUAAAAUCAUUUAACUGAUUAAAAACAAGUUUUUCUAAAAUUUUACUUAAAGAUGGCAGGUUAGAUACUGGUCUGCAGUUAUCUGCUUGCUUGUUGCCUUGUUAUAAAUGCUCAUUUGCUCACGAAAAAUGUCAUAACACCUUCUCUCUGCUAUUUGACAGUUUCUCUUCAAUUGAAUUAUGUCUUUGUUUCUCCAGGGAGGUGUUGGGUUUGUUGUGUCAGUUUUAGUGGUGCCACUGUGUCAAGCGUUGACCUAAGUUUACUGUCAAAACUGUCUACCAUAGAAUCACAAGAGGAAGGUGAAAUGUUUGCGGGAAUUUCAAAUAGAAUAUCAAUAAAAUUUCGGUUGUAAGGUAGCGUUUCCUCACAGUCUGUUCUGGAAUUUCUUGUUGCUUAAAAUAAUUUACUGUGAAAAAGACACAGAAAUGGUCAGACAAGCCCACAUCCACAACAGAGGAGAUGCUUGCUGACAAGCUAAAGGUUAUAACACAAUCUAAAAUAUGGCCUCUGUUGUGAGUGGGCUGUGUGACAUGUUGGAUAAAACUCAUACAAUUAAUUAAGUUAAAAAAAUCUGAUGCAAAGGAGUCUGAUUGAUUGUCUACAUGCAAGUUAAAAUCACCUAAAAUAAUAAUUCUGUCUUAUUAGAGUGAAUAAUACUGAGCAAUUCUGAAAAUUAAGGAGAUAAAAGAGGUACAUCGUUUAGGUGGUCUGUAAACUGUUAAACAUAGUGUAGGAGGAGUGCUAAAAGUGAAGGAGUGAUAUUCAAAAGAUGUGUACUCAUCAAAUAAAAUGUCUUUAAAACCAUAUAAUGCUGCAAGAAUUGUGGCUGUACCCCCACCUUGUUUACCUUUUCUUAAGGAGUAUGAAAAAUUAUAAUUUGGCGGAGAGGCCUCGGUAAGUGCUGCAGGUCCAUCAGUGCUGAGCCACGUUUCAGUUAAAAACAUGCAAUCAAUACUAUUAUCUAAAUUCAGGUCUUUGAUAAGAAAUGUUUUGUUUAACAUUGGACAUUUGGGGUGAAUCAGAAGGAGGUCUAUGUGUGCAUAUGGGUAUAAGAUUAUUAAAAUUUGUGUCUGAG